AUGUUAUCGGAUGCAUUUGGUGAUCUGUUGUGUUUUGAUGAAGACGAAGGCGUCUUUGACAAUAGUAGUCGAAGGCAAAAUAAAGAAGCAGAAACACAACUAGAUAUCGAGCGAUAUGAACCCGUACAACAACCUUCUAAAUGCUAUAUGUUUACGAAUGUUUUGGUGGUAUGUCAUACGUUGUUGAUUUUAUCAUUCAAUCUAAUCUUUCAGUCAUAUGACGAGAUGCUGAACGGAUGGAACCAUAAAAGUUCUUAUCGAUGCUCAAUAAUCGACUCAAUCAUACGAUCCUCUCUGAAGAUCAGGCCGUUGAAUAAGCACAAUCUAGUAAACCUUCUCCAUAAUGACCUGUCUCCGUUGAUUACAAAUUUUGGUGAACAACUUCAAUAUUGGGCACUCAGUUUGGAGGUUUAUAAAGCGAUUGGUGACUUCGGUCGUGAUUACCUCCGAAACGCAAUUCUUCUUUGUGCUAGUGUGGAUAUAGCCGAACAUUGGCUGAAACUUAUGGAGGCUACUAGUCUUGGUGGUAUAAUUAGCAACGUGAGCCGUUUUCGUCUGGGUUGUUUGUGUCGUGCCGUGUACCUUUUAGAGACGGAAUGUUCAAUAUCGCGCGGAUUUAUGCGUGAUAUCAACAAGAAGAAAUUAGAAGCUGUAAUGCUGAAACUUAAGGCUGAAUUCAGCGAUGGAGAGAAAGUGGAGUGCGCAAAGAAGGAAGUAUGUUCUGGUCUAUCGAAAAGUGAAUUGGUGGAUGGUUCCGCUGGCAGUGAGUUGGCUCCACCGCACGAUUGUAAAAUGAAGACACGAUACAAAGAUUGCGAUGAACAGAACCGAAUUAUUAAGCAUUUUAUAGAGACCUUUCAUUGGCUUUUUGAUGAACGUUUAUCUGAUGUGAUUGAUUCUCUGCUCAUUGACGACUGA